AUGGCGGCCGAAGGCUUGAAGAAGCUGGCUGAAAUCCAGCAGCAGCAGCUGAUGGCCUUCAAAGGCCUCGAACAGCUGACAGAAGAGCACAAGAAGUGGCGACAGACAGUCGAAGACUUGAUGCUGCAGCUUCAUUCCCAGGUUUCACAGGUUUCACAGUCACAUCCGUCAAAUCCGUCAAAUCCAUCAAAUCCUUUCUCCUCACCAUUGAGGGGGAGCUCCUCCUCAGAGCCGGGGCUCCUCCCACUGCCCGAGACAAAUGAGGGUGAGGUCGAAAGCGAGACCGAAGGUACCGAAGGUACCGAAGCGAGCGAAGUCCACAUGAAUUACAACUCAAAGAUGAGCUCCAAUGCGCUCCUGAGGUCGCGCAACACUGUCGCAGCAUUUCCAGCAGGACCACUCCGCAAGCUCGUAAUGGAAGUGCUUGCUGACUCUGCACAGGCGGAACCGAUCGACAUUUCGCCGCUGGAAAAGAUUCGCCGCCGCGUGUCUUCGCUGGUCAAAUCUCAAUGGUUUGAGUUUGCAGCUGGCUUCAUCAUUUUCUUGAACUUGAUCACCAUCGGCAUCGAGGCGCACAUCUCAGUGCGGGAAGAGGUUGUCUUUCACGGCGGUUUCUGGCCGGCAGGAGUUGAGCGGCUUUUCCUGGCGCUGUACUCCGUUGAAGCCAGCCUCAGGAUAAUAGCAGGUGGCUACGACACUUUCAAGGAUCUCUGGUUCUUGCUGGACCUGGUGCUGAUUAUAGUGGGGGUCACAGCGUUGAUUGCGGUGCCUGUGCUCGCGGGCGACUCACAGCAAGUCGACCAAUGGGCUACGCUGCUGGUGGUCCGGGGCUUGCGGCUCUUCCGCUUGCUUCGGGCGCUCAGGAUGCUGAGCCACUUCAAGAUUGUUUGGCGCUUGGUAUAUGGGCUGCUCAACGCUGGCCAGACGAUUUUCUCCACCACUGCAUUGAUUGCCGUGUUCCUUUUCAUCUUUUCAUGUGUGGCAAUGGAGGUCAUUGCCAAAGACCCGGACUUGAGAGAGAAUCCCAACACCAGGCAGCUGGUGCAAGAUCAUUUCUUUGGAAUCAACAAGGCCUUUAUCACAUUGCUGCAGUUUGUGACUUUGGACAACGUUGCGGAGGUGUACUAUCCCUUGAUUUUUGCCAAACCCUGGCUUUGCGUCUACUUCUUCCCUAUUCUCAUUUUCAUCUCCAUUGGUCUCAUGAACUUAGUUACAGCCGCCUUGGUGGAGAAUGCGAUGCAAGCAGCCGCCAUAGAAGCAGAGGAAGAGCGGAUGAAGCUAAAGGCAAAGGUGAGAUCAGCCUUGCCGUCCUUGGUCGAGAUCUUCCAAGAGCUAGACAAGGAUCAUAGCGGUCUGAUCACGCGGGAUGAAGUCGAGAACGUGCCACUGACCGCGUUACCACCGCGGGUGCUAGAUUCCAUUUGCGUGGAGAAUAUGGCUGAUCUGUUUGACUACUUGGAUGUGGACGGAACACAGAGCUUGACCCAGGUGGAGUUUGUCGAAGGCUUGCUGAAUUUGUGCUUGCUUGACAUGCCCAUCGCCAGCCUACAGUGUUUGAAGCUUUUGCAGCUUCUGCGCGAAGCAGUCAGCCAGCUAAACAGCAAGGUCGAGGGCGUGGAAGGUGAAAUGCUCACAUUCCGGAUGGGAAUCACCGAGUUCGGAAGCAACGUUCGAGUAUGA